AAUAGUCAUAUCCGAGGGAGCGUUCUCUCUCUUGUAUGGUCGUAUCCGACCAAGCAGACUCUCUCUGCUAGUUCUGGGUUCUAGCCUCCUCUUUCGAAGAAGGGUGAGGAGCGAAGGGAGUCUGAGAUGGUGCAGCGAUUAACGUAUCGAAAGAGGCAUAGCUAUGCCACUAAAUCGAAUCAAACUAGGGUUGUCAAAACCCCAGGUGGCAAGCUUGUGUAUCAGUACACUAAUAAGAGGGCAAGUGGGCCGAGAUGCCCUGUGACAGGCAAGAGAAUCCAAGGGAUUCCUCACCGAAGACCUGCCGAAUACAGGAGGUCUAGAUUGUCUAGAAACCGGAGAACCGUGAACCGUGCUUAUGGUGGGGUUUUAUCUGGAAGUGCUGUCAGGGAAAGGAUCAUUCGAGCUUUUUUGGUGGAAGAACAGAAGAUUGUUAAGAAAGUUUUGAAGAUCCAGAAGGUCAAAGAAAAGCAAGCCUUUAAGAGCUAAAACAGGAGAGUAGCAGCAAAACGCUUAAGUUUUGAUUAAUCAGCAGAAAAUUUUGACUAGCACGAUGAUGAUUAUGAGGAGUUUGGCAUAAAGUGUGGUGAGAUAAUUGUUUAAUUUACAGGGCCAUGGAUUUGUUGUAGAUGUUCAGGGAUGUCAGUCCCUUCUUGGACGUAUUUUUGACUUAUUUGUUAUUAGCACUGGAUCAUUUGUUGAAUUGUCAGUUGGUAAUACUCGUUGCUGUGUUUUUUAGAACCUUUGGUAGUUUAUGAUCUCUCCCU